AUGAGGGACUUUGGCCACGCCUCCUGCCUUGAAAAUGUGGCCCGUCUGCAGUGGUGGCGCUGCCGUCUUUUCAAUCGCGUCUGGAGGUGGUUUUUUUUUCCGUUGGUGUUUUUUUUUUAUUUAAUCCUCGAGGUGGGUUUUUUUUUGUUUUGGUUUGGUUUUUUUGCUUUUGGUUUUUGUUUUAUUUUUUUGCAUGGAGAUUCCUCAGUGGCUACCCCUCCAUGAGACUUGAGGAAAGAAGUAGGCAGAUCAGAGAACCAAAUGUAAAGUGUCGUCAUCAUGCUCUGUUUCCCUGGACUCACUUCCGGAACCAAUGAUGGUAUCCACUAAGGACUUGGCAUCUUGCGGGGCCGCUUCGCUUCCACAUUCGUCUCGGAGGACCGACAGGAGAGGAAGAAUGUCGUCUUCGUCGUCGUCGUCGUCGUCAUCAUCGUCGUCGUCUUUGUCGUCGUCGUCAUUGUCGGGGCUUAAGGCUGAGCUGGAGUUCCUAGCUUCCAUCUUCCACAAGGACCACGAGCAGCUGCGCAUUGUGAGCUGGCAGCUGGAUGAGCUGCAGUGUCAGUUCUUGGUGCCGCCAGCGUCUGCGGGCAGCCCGCCCUCGCCUCCGCCAUUCACCCUGUACUGCACCAUCACUGAGUCCUACCCAUCUUCGCCGCCCAUGUGGUUCGUGGACUCUGAUGAUCCAGGUCUCACUUCGAUCCUGGCACGCCUAGAAGAUUGGAAGCCCAACAGUUCGCUUCGUCAACAGCUCAAGUGGCUGAUCUGUGAAUUCUGCAGCUUAUACAACCUGCCUGAACACCUGGAUGUGGAGAUGCUGGACCAGCCAGUCCCCAUCUCUCAGAAGGCCACCAUCAGAGAGGAGCCUUCAGAAGAUGAAGAUGCAGCUUAUGGGUUUGAAGACUUGGAUCAUUAUGAGCUGAAAGAAGAAGAGACUAGUGAGAAAAAGUCAGAGGAUGAAGGGAUUGAGAAAGAGGAUUUGGCAAUAUUAGGUAAUAUCCAGAAGAACCUAUGGCAAGAGCACUUGAGUGGUGCCACAUCUGGCUCGGUGAUUGCUUCAGAUAGGCUUAUGAAAGAACUCAGACAGAUAUACAGAUCGCAGAGUUACAAAUCAGGGACUUAUUCCGUGGAACUGAUAAACGACAGCUUAUAUAACUGGCACAUUAAACUGAGGAAGGUUGACCCUGAUAGCCCCUUGUAUGGUGACCUUCAGCUCUUGAAAGAAAAAGAAGGCCAAGACUAUAUUCUGCUUAACUUCUCCUUCAAAGAUAACUUUCCGUUUGUUCCUCCAUUUGUUUACGUGGAGUCGCCUGUUAUCUCUGGAGGGCAUGUCAUGAGCGGGGUGUUGUGUAUGGAACUGCUCACCAAACAGGGUUGGAGCAGCGCCUACUCCAUAGAAUCGGUCAUCAUGCAGAUCAGUGCCACCUUAGUCAAAGGCAAUACCAGGGUGCGCUUUGAAGCAGGUAAGAGUGAAUAUAGUGAACGAAUAGCCCAAAAUAUCCAUAACUACAUGGAGCAGGUACAUGAGAAAAUGGGCUGGUUCACUCCUCCACAAGAAGAGGGAUGAAUAGUAGACAUGGAGCGGGUACAUGAGAAAACAGGCUGGUUCAGUCCUCCACAAGAAGAUGGAUGAAUAGUAGACUGCCAUGUAUUUGGAACAAUGUAGCUUUAAAGACACAAGCUUUGCAUACUUUUGAAAUAGUAGUGAGAAAGAUAUUAGCUAAUUGGUGUCUUAGUGGAUCAUCUGUCAACUGACUGCCAGUAGAAGUUCCAACCCUUUCAUUUUGCUUACUGUGGAGGUCUUGGGCUGAGCUGUGAGCCUUUACUGUUGUUUUUUCUGAUAUAUAAUCAUGAUGUCUAUUUUUCAUCAUCCAUGUUCUUGAUUAAGUGAAAUGUGUUAAGUAGGCCAGUCAGUUGUGACUUUAGAUAAUGUUAGCUUAUUGGGCUAUUGGGGGAAGGGGGGAGGAGGGGAUAAUGAGUAUUUACAAACAUUUGUUCCACUUAGUGCCAAUAAAGUUUUGCCAGUGUCCAAUACUGUCUUAGGAAAAAAAAAUAAACAAAAAGAAUACAUUUUUUUCCUUCCCAGAACUCCUGCCCUUGUGCAGUUGCUAUGAUGUCCAUUGUUAGGCCUGUCCAUCUUUUUAAAUCCUGACUCAGACAGGUACAACUUGAUCUUUAAAAAACAAAACAAAAUAAACAAAAAAACCAACCAA